AUGAACGAGAGUAAACUAUUAUUGUUAAUGUGCAUUGCAUUAUGUUCAUCAUUCUUGGGACUUUUGGUGUUUGUGGAAAUAGAACAAUGGUCACAAUACAAAGAAUAUGAUGAUGUGCCUGUGAUAGAAAUACCUUCACCUCCGGUUGAUGAACCGAAAGUAAACAUUCCCUAUGAUACAGCUUCUCUAAUCGCUUCGGCCGUAUCCGCCAUGACAAAAUCUUUAGUGGUGACCUAUUAUGAUUACUUAGGACGCGAUCAAGCGGAUGUACGGGUAUAUGAACAACUCGAUUUUAAUGCUUUUUACAAAUCACGUCUGGUUGGUGGUCCAGUGGCGACUCACGUCGAGAACAACUCGUCUUCCAUCCCAUCUUCACCGUACGAGGUCAUCGUGCAUACCUUGACAAACCAAGAACUUCUCAUAACAGAAAUAAACACCAGAAGCACCGUGUAUGAACUAAAGAGGAAAAUUCGAGACGCCAAAGGUGUUGCACUUCGUCUUCAACAACUUAUAUUCAAUGGUCGAAAAUUGUUAAAUGAUGAGUGCCUUGGAUCAUAUGACAUUAAAGCAGGCAGCAUAAUAUAUUUGGAAAUUCAUUCACAAGACGAUUUUGAGACCAUUAAAUUCAUCAACGCGGACUUCACGAACUUUGAAAGACAUAUUUAUUUCAACAAGGAGUUUCGUAGUAAUGGUUUGACCGUCAUGCGAGAUAAGGUUAAUAAAGAGCUCUGCGGAUGGAGAAAGAUCUCACUGGAAUUGCCUCACGCGCAAAAUGACUCAGACAUUAUCGAUAAUCUUAAUGAAGGACAAGAAGUUGAAAUUCAUGAUAGCAAAGGAAAAAGAAAAUGGAAAAUCUCGUAUCACGGAACGGAAAAUUUUCAUCACCAUUCGAUCGCAGAUGACGGAUACUUGGCGAGUAGAAAAUAUCGAUUUAACUUUGACCAAGGAAUUUACACCACGCCUGAUAUUAAAGUUGCUUCUUCUUACGCAAAAAUAUUUACACAUAACGGCGCCAAAUUUCAAAUAUUAUUUCAGAAUUUGGUGGACUCUGAAACUCUAGUAGAAUCCAAGAUACACAAUAACAAAUACUGGAUUUCACCAAGCGAAAAUGAUGUCACACUAUAUGGUAUUCUAAUAAGAAAAGUUGACGCAUGUAGACUGUUGAGAUGA